UCUUUAGGGUUGCUACAUUGACCCCACUCCUGCCUCCUCCCGCUGUCAGACCCGUCCUGAGCCGGUGAGAGUUAGUGUGACCCGGACUGCGGCAGUCCCGCUCUACCCCGGCUCACCCGGCCCUGUCCAUCUGUAAUGAGCGACGGACACAUCACAGCCGAGUGGCCUCGGGAGCAGCAGCUCAGACUCAGCUCUCCGUACACGGUGAGAACACCGGUGCAGGACCAUUGUCGGUCACCCGGGAAGUCAGACAGUGAUUUCCCGGGACCACACUGAACGCCGUCCGGUUACAACAUUAGAGUUAAAGUUAGACCUGCGAUGAGCGAUUUAUUGGAAGAAAAACCGCAACUGAAAGGAAACCACGACUGAAGACGAGGGAACAGCAACAAGUGAACCAGCCCGAAGACUGAGAGCACCGACUGGACAGAACCCUCCUGACUCAGAGUUUCCAUUGAUUCGGUCAGCAGAAAGUCUGAACAGUAAAAAUUGAUAACACCUGUCCCCAAAAUGCAUCAAGGUUCCAGCAGUGGAGGAGCUCCAGUGACGUCAACAACGGGAAAGGACACGGGUCCGAGCUCAGUGAUCACCGAGCUCCUGUCAAGCUGGGACGAUUCCCAGCUGCUGCAGUUGACGGAUAUCUACCGAGACAGGCUGGAGCAGGCGAUGGAAGGAGGGGUGCACGGAGUGAGCCUGGCUUUAACGGCCGAGAAUCAGUUCAGUGGAGAGGAACAUCGGAAAAUCUCUGAUCUCGCUGAUAAGGGAGAGCGGGCGGACAGUUCUAAACUCCUCCUGAGCCUGGUGAUGGAGAAAGGCUCCCGCGCCCGAAGGGUGAUGUGGGAAACCUUUGUGAAAAUGCGGAUUGGUGUUCCAGAGAUGGACAAAAUACUGAAAGAAAUACAGGAACAUGAUUGUGAUCCUUCCCAUCAACCAAUUUCCGCUCAACUUUUACUAAAGGUUCUCAGUGAGCUGAAAGAUGUUCAACAGAAACACAAGGUGACUCUGCGGGCACAAACUGAAACACUGAGAGUGAACACGAUCCUGAUGAGGGAGAAGGUGAAGGUUUUCCAGCUGGUUGAUCGAUACGCUGAGCUCACGGUCAUUUCUACUGUUCGAGACCGGCUAAUGGUGGAACAUGAGCUGCUGGCAAGAGGCAGAGACCACGAGGAGUGGAGAGAGAAACAUCUCCGUGGAAAGCUGGAAAAAAUCCGGACUGAUCAGUUGUUCCAGAGCAGCUUUUCCCAGAGUUUAUCCAAAUCUGGGAGUUCGGCAGCAGUGGCCGGAGUCCCGGGGAUCGGGAAAACAACAAUGGUACAAAAGAUUGUUCAUGACUGGGCCACGGGGAAAAUAUACCAACAAUUCCAGUUUGUCUUCAGUUUCAAAUUCCGCGAUUUAAAUAAUAAAUGCAGAAUAAAUCUGAAGGAACUGAUCCUGGAUCAGUAUCCUUACUUUGGGAAUAUCCUGAGAGAAGUCUGGAAGAACCCAGAGGGAUCGCUGUUUAUAUUUGAUGGUUUGGAUGAAUUCAAUGACCAAAUUAAUUUUUCUGACGGUCGGAGAGACACGGAAACUCGGUCCACAUGCACAGAUCCUGAAUACAAGUGCAAGGUGUCUGACAUUGUGUACAGUUUAAUCCAGCACAAGCUGCUCCCAGGGUGUUCAGUGCUGGUGACCACCCGUCCCACUGCGUUACAUUUAUUGGAAAAGGCUGAGAUCGGUACCGAAGCUGAAAUCCUGGGAUUUUCAGGUGAGGAACGGAAGGAAUAUUUCAUCAGACAUUUUGAAGAUCAGACGGUGGCGGCAGCUGUUUUCAAACACGUGAAGGAGAACGAGAUCCUGUACACUAUGAGCUACAACCCCUCCUACUGCUGGAUCCUCGCCCUGGCACUGGGCCCCUUCUUCACACAAAGAGUCAGGGACCCGCAGCGAGUUCCCAAGACCAUCACCCAACUGUACUCCUACUAUAUUUACAACAUCCUGAAAAACCACGGCCGUGAGAUUGAGAACCCUCGUGAUGUGUUACUCAGGGUUGGUCAGAUGGCCUUCAGAGGAGUGUCCGAGAAGAAGAUUGUGUUUACAGAUGAUGAUUUGAUCAAGUACAAUCUGCAGCCUUCCCAGUUCCUGUCCGGGUUCCUGAUGGAGCUUUUGGAGAGAGAGGAUUCUGCCCGAAGCGUGGUGUACACAUUCCCACACCUCACCAUCCAAGAGUUUGUAGCUGCAGUCGCACAAUUCCUGAAUCCACAUUACAGGAAUAUCCUGAAAUUCCUCACUGAAGUCCACAGCACAACAGAUGGGCGGUUUGAGGUAUUUCUUCGUUUUGUUGCUGGUCUCUCCAACCCAAUGGCAGCUCGGGGCCUGGAGGAGUUUCUGGGUCCAUUUCCUCAUCAAACAACCUGCCGGGUGAUUGACUGGGUGAAGGAGGAGGUUAAACGUCAGAGUGGAAACACAGGGAGUGAAGCUGGUAAAAGGAGCCUCCUGAACACAUUGCACUACCUGUUUGAGUCUCAGAAUCGUGGACUGGCUCAGGCCGCACUGGGAUCUGUGGAAACACUUUCAUUCAGUGGAAUGACACUGACCCCGAUUGACUGCGCAGUCCUGUCUCAUGCCAUCGGACUCUGUGAUACAAUAAAACACCUCGACCUGGGGAACUGCCACAUUCAGUGUGAAGGAAUCCAGCGGCUGGGACCCGGGCUGCACAAGUGCCAGGAGUUGAGACUUGGGCAGAAUGAACUGGGAGAUUCAGGAGUGAAGCUGGUGUCUGCGGCUCUGAGGAACCCGGAGUGUAAAAUACAGAAACUGUGGCUGAGGAAGGUCGGUCUCACAGGUUCUGGUGCCGAGGAUUUCGCCUCCACUCUCAGUGCAAACCGUACACUUACAGAGCUGAACCUGAGUGAUAAUAAGCUGGGAGAUUCAGGAGUGAAACUGGUGUCUGCGGCUCUGAGGAACCCGGAGUGUAAAAUACAGAAACUGGGGCUGGACAGUGUCGGUAUCACAGAUUGUGGUGCCGAGGAUCUCGCCUCCGCUCUCAUUACAAACCCAAUUCUGACGGAGCUGAACCUGAGUUAUAAUAAACUGGGAGAUUCAGGAGUGAAACUGGUGUCUGCGGCUCUGAGGAAACCGAAGUGUAAAAUACAGAAACUGGUGCUGAGGAAUGUCGGUCUCACAGAUUCUGGUGCCGAGGAUCUCGUCUCCGCUGUCAGUACAAACCCAUCACUGACUUGGCUGAACCUGAGAUACAACUCUCUGACAGACCGAUCUCACCCCACUCUCCGCCGCCUCAUAUUGACCCUCCCGAAUCUGAAGCGGAUCCGGCUGGAGUACAAUCGGUUCACUGAGACCGGGAGGAAGGAACUGAGAUCUCUACAGGAACCCAGACCCGGACUGAGAGUGGAUCUGUGAACAUCUGAAUGUGGUGAAUCGGUUCAGUGAGACCGGGAUGAAGGAACUGAGAUCUCUGCAGGAACCCAGACCCGGACUGAUGGUGGAUUUGUGAACAUCUGAAUGUGGUGAAUCGGUUCAGUGAGACCGGGAUGAAGGAACUGAGAUCUCUACAGGAACCCAGACCCGGACUGAGAGUGGAUCUGUGAACAUCUGAAUGUGCUGAAUCGGUUCAGUGAGACCGGGAUGAAGGAACUGAGAUCUCUGCAGGAACCCAGACCCGGACUGAGAGUGGAUCUGUGAACAUCUGAAUGUGGUGAAUCGGUUCAGUGAGACCGGGAGGAAGGAACUGAGAUCUCUACAGGAAGUCAGACCCGGACUGAGAGUGGAUCUGUGAACAUCUGAAUGUGUGAACAUCCCCGCCCGCGAGAUGGGGGCAUUUGGCCGACUCCCCGCCCUCCCCUUUAACUCCCGCCCUUACCUUUAACGGCCGCGUGCCUGGUUCAACUUUCAACGGUUUUAACGGACCCGGCUCGGGCCUCGCGCUGUGUGCGUCGCUCGCAGCGGUCCCGCAGUGACGUGUUUCCGCCUGUUGUCCGGCGGGACAGCUUCCGCCGGAAGUGCGUGUACGAGACACCGACGUGACUCCCCGGGGAAUUACCCGGACAGGAAGAGCCCGGGGUCCGGGGCUCAGUCUGGGACACCGGUGUCCCGGGGUGGGGGGGAUGAUCCCGGGAGAGAAUCCUUUUGCCCCCUUUGCUGAGGACGGUGCAUUCGGCAGCCUGGCCGAUAUAAUGAUGUUAAAUGGACAAAUCCCUCGGCAGUGACCCUGGAUCUGCAGCGAUCCCGGACACGGCCCUGAAGUGUGAUUUUAUAAUCAUCGGUUCCCCGAUGCAGAGUGACGGUGAGAAACGGGACUGAUUAUUCAACCGGUCACUCCUUGUCGCCGGUCAGUUAAUUGUGUGUGACUGUGAGUGAGUCGGGAGCAGCUUAUUUAUUCCCGCACGUCAGCAGCUCACACAUUGUUUCAUUUACAUUUGUCAUGAUGAAAUAAAUAAACCUGUAACUUCC